GAGCGCGGCUCAGAGUCGGCGGCGCUGGCCAUGCCGGGCGGCGCGGCGGCGCGGAGCUGAGCCCAGCCCAGCCCAGCCCAGCCCAGCCCAGGGCGGCCGAGCCCAGCCGCGCCACUGAAGGGCACCGGCGGCGGCGAGGCUUCCCCGCGCUCUCCCGCGGCUGGGGCGCGCCCGCCCCGCAGCAUGGAGGCUGGGAAGCGCAGCUCCUCUGCCGGCAGCCGGGACGAUGGCAGCGCUAACGCCUUCCCAGCCAAGCCGGCGGCCCCGGCGGAGAAAGCCCAGAGCAGCCCCGGCGGCGGGGGCAGCGGCGGCGUGAAGGAGCAUGGCAACUCGGUGUGCUUCAAAGUGGACGGCGGCGGGGGCGAGGAGCCCGUGGUGGGCUUCGAGGAUGCCGAGGGGCCCCGGCGGCAGUACGGCUUCAUGCAGCGGCAGUUCACCUCCAUGCUGCAGCCGGGGGUCAACAAAUUCUCCCUCCGCAUGUUCGGCAGCCAGAAGGCGGUGGAGAAGGAGCAGGAAAGGGUUAAAACUGCGGGGUUCUGGAUCAUCCACCCCUACAGCGACUUCAGGUUUUACUGGGACUUAAUCAUGCUCAUAAUGAUGGUUGGAAAUCUUGUCAUUAUACCAGUUGGAAUCACAUUCUUCACAGAACAAACAACAACACCAUGGAUUAUUUUCAAUGUGGCAUCAGACACUGUUUUUCUAUUGGACUUGAUCAUGAAUUUUAGGACUGGGACUGUAAAUGAAGACAGCUCUGAAAUAAUACUGGAUCCUAAAAUCAUUAAGAUGAAUUACUUAAAAAGCUGGUUUGUGGUUGACUUCAUCUCAUCAAUACCAGUGGAUUAUAUCUUUCUCAUUGUAGAAAAAGGAAUGGAUUCAGAGGUUUACAAGACAGCAAGAGCACUUCGUAUUGUGAGAUUUACAAAAAUCCUCAGCCUGUUACGUUUAUUACGCCUUUCAAGACUGAUUAGAUACAUACACCAGUGGGAAGAGAUUUUCCACAUGACGUAUGAUCUGGCCAGUGCUGUGGUGAGAAUCUUUAAUCUAAUCGGAAUGAUGCUGCUGCUGUGCCACUGGGACGGUUGUCUGCAGUUUUUAGUACCAUUACUCCAGGAUUUCCCACCAGAUUGCUGGGUGUCCCUAAACGGUAUGGUUAACGACUCCUGGGGAAAGCAGUACUCAUAUGCACUCUUCAAAGCCAUGAGCCAUAUGCUCUGCAUUGGCUAUGGAGCCCGCGCCCCCGUCAGCAUGUCUGACCUGUGGAUUACCAUGUUGAGUAUGAUCGUGGGGGCAACUUGUUAUGCCAUGUUUGUUGGUCAUGCCACUGCCCUCAUUCAGUCUCUGGAUUCCUCACGGCGACAAUAUCAAGAAAAGUACAAACAAGUGGAACAGUACAUGUCAUUCCACAAGUUACCUGCUGAAAUGCGCCAGAAGAUCCAUGAUUACUAUGAGCACCGCUACCAAGGCAAGAUCUUCGAUGAAGAAAACAUUUUGAAUGAGCUCAAUGAUCCCCUCAGGGAGGAGAUUGUCAACUUCAACUGUCGGAAGCUGGUUGCUACAAUGCCUCUUUUUGCUAAUGCAGACCCAAAUUUUGUGACUGCCAUGCUAAGCAAACUGCGAUUUGAGGUGUUCCAACCUGGAGAUUAUAUUAUCCGAGAAGGGGCUGUAGGUAAAAAGAUGUAUUUCAUUCAGCACGGUGUUGCUGGUGUCAUCACCAAAUCCAACAAGGAGCUGAAGCUGACAGAUGGCUCUUACUUUGGAGAGAUUUGCCUUUUGACCAAGGGCCGUCGAACUGCCAGUGUACGAGCAGACACGUACUGUCGCCUGUAUUCCCUCUCAGUGGACAAUUUCAACGAGGUUCUGGAAGAGUACCCCAUGAUGAGAAGGGCCUUUGAAACGGUGGCAAUUGAUAGACUUGACAGGAUAGGGAAGAAGAACUCGAUCCUCCUGCAGAAGUUCCAGAAGGACCUCAACACCGGGGUUUUCAACAACCAGGAGAAUGAGAUCCUGAAGCAGAUUGUGAAGCACGACAGGGAGAUGGUGCAGACCAUCGCCCCGGUGAGCUUGCAGCAGGCGCCCGCUCUGAACUCCAGCACCUCGGCCUCGUCGUCGCGCGUCAGGACGCAGUCCCCUCCCGUCUACACCGCCAGCAGCCUGUCCCACGGAAACCUGCACUCCCCCUCGCCCAGCACGCAGACGGCCCAGCAGGCUGCCAUCCUCUCGCCCUGCUCCUACACCACUGCCGUCUGCAGCCCACCCGUACAGAGCCCUCUGGCCGGCCGAACUUUCCAGUACGCCUCGCCGACCGCCUCGCAGCUCUCCCUCAUGCAGCAGCAGCCGCAGGUGCCCCAGCAGCCCCCGGGGGCCGCGCAGAAGAGCGAGGUCCACAAGAGCACCCAGGCCCUCCACAACACCAACCUGACGCGGGAGGUGCGGCCCCUCUCCGCCUCGCAGCCCUCCCUGCCCCACGAGAUCUCCACCCUGAUCGCCAGGCCUCACCCCACCGUGGGGGAGUCCCUCGCCUCCCUCCCGCAGCCUGCCCCCGGCCCCAGCGUGCCCCCGGCCGGCCGGGCCACCGUCCCCCAGCGGGUCUCGCUUUUCCGACAGAUGUCCUCGGGAGCCAUCCCCCCGAACCGGGGGGCCGCGCCGCCCCCGGCCCCCCUGCCAAGGGAUUCUUCUACAGUCUUAAGCACAGAGCCCGAGGGAGACAAACCGCGGUUUGCGUCAAACUUAUGAUCCCUGGUAACUGUGAGCAACAGACUUGUAACGAACUGAGCACUGUCCCGGAACUGUUUUAGCCUGUUUCCUAAUGUACCCCAGCAGUCUACUAUGAGAAAAAUUCUUUAGACAGCUUUGCCCUACGUAACGAAUGUAAAAAUUAUAUAUAUAUAUAUAUAUAUAAAAACAUAUAUAUAUAUCAAAAAAAAACCCCGGAAUUAAAAAAACUUGUUUGAAUUCAUGUCUUCCUUUCCUGAAACCAUUAAAGAAGUCUAAAUUCAGCUGUAAUAUUAAUUACUUUUAACAUGUCGACUUUAAAAUCAGUCUGACAGAUUUCUCUCUUUAUGAGGUUUGCUAUUUUCAUGGGAAAAUUAUCAACACAAUAACAAACUUCAAACAAGUAUAUUAAAAAAAAAAAAAAAAAAAAAGAGAAGUUUCAAUCUAACACACAGCACUGACCGAGUGAUGUUCUGAAACUUUUGCUAUUUCAUUUAUUGCAUACACGUUGUUAAUUUCUCGUGAAGAGUUCAGUUGUUAUUUCCCAUUGCAUUUCAUAUGUUAGCACUUUCUGUUGGGAAUUAGAUUGGAAAGAAAUAAGUUGCAAACACCUGCAGUCAAAUGGCUGGCACUAGCACUCCUCUGGAUAGGUUGUAACCUCACAACGUCAACCCUUCUGUUGUUUCAGAAAACUGGGUGGACUUUGAUCUUCACAUUGCUAAAGACUUUUACAAAGACUAUAAAUAUUGCCAUUGUAAAUAACUUUUUAGACCCAAACAAAAAUAGCUGCUGUGUGGUGUACCAUUGCAAGGUCUUUGUUUAGGAAUUUAGGUUCUGCUCUUCACUUCAAAAGUUACAGUUUUAAAAUUUGUUAAAGCUAAGUGCAACACAACUGUUAAAUUGUAAUGCAAUGGCUUAAAACCUACAAUGUUACUUUUACAUGCAAUGUUUUAUGCAAAAUUGUACGCUUGAUCCUGCAAACCGCUUGUAUUUCACCAAUACCAUCACUUUUCUUCUCCUUGCCCUCAAUAGCAUCUGAGAAUAUUCCAUGCAUGCUUUGGAAAAAAAAAAAAAAAAAAAAAAAGAUGACUAAAAAUAGGUUCGGUCAGCCAUUGUAGGAAAAGGCUUUAUGGUAUCUUAGAAAAUAAUAACCAUUCGUUAAUUGUGUCUACCUUAAAAUUCCUAUAAUGCUGACUUUGAAUCUCUGGUUUAAGUCUAGAAGUGAGGUUUUUCAUUUAAAAGAUUAUUUGUAAACCACAGCUUGAUUUAGGCUUUCAGGUGCUUUCUGUGUCUUCACUGUAGUUUUGUAGUUGACUGUGGUGUUAAUUUACAAAAAUAAAUAUAAUAUAGCAUCAAGUCUGUCUGGAAAUGCACGAUUUGCUCUGUGUAUAUUGUAAUUAAAUGGUUAGUAUAUCCUAAGGCAUGUAGUGUCAAACAUAGCCCAUAGGUAUGAGGUUUAUUAUUUUUUAUGUCUUCAAAACAGAAAGGAAAUGGUGACAGAAAGCAGGGUUAAAGCAUACUGUUUUGUGAAUGUUUUGUUUUGUUUGCUCAAACCUUCACGUUAUCUUAUCCACAAAAAAAAAAAAAAAAAAGUUCUUUCGUAAUCAUUUGUGCCUGAUUUGUCACAUUAAAUAGAGACUGAAACUAAAUGUGUCAUAAUUUAACUCAUUGAAAAAUCAGCAUUAUGGAUAUGAUACAAGCAUAUAUUCUGUUCCUUAAAACCCAGCUGACUCAUGUUAAGGAAGUGAAUACAAAGGAGUUCUUCUUUUCCCAUUAAUGCUGAGUUUAAUGAUGCAUGGAAAAAUUAAAUAACAUCACAAACUACAUAAUGCAGUGAAUCCAGAUGUACUUGAGAGCCAAGUAAAUAUUCUAAAGUUAACAGAGCUUGAACCCAUGCUGCCUGUUAUGCCUUUUACUAAAGUGGUACAUCAAAUAAAAAUUUUAAAAAACC